GUCUUUGAGAUUGAACAUGAGAUUGAAGAAUUGCCCAUCUUUGAUGAGUCUUCAAAUGAAGACUAUGGAGGUGAUUACAAAGGAAUUCCCUUAUUUGACGAGUUUCCAUAUGAGGAUGAUAUGGUUCCUAUGCUUGAUGAACUUUCACAUGAAGUGUCUGAAAAUGAUUGUAUCAUUGAGACUUGUAGUGAUUUUGAAGAUGUUCCCAUAUGAGACAAGUUUGAAGAAGAGCUGGGUAAUGAAGGGCUUGAGCACGUUGGUGGCAAUAAUGAAGAACAAGAAAUGCCUAUUCUUGUGAGCAAUGAGCCUUGCUUAUGCAUUGGGAAGAUAGCCAACAAGUACAAGAAUGGAAUGGAGUUGAUGUUGAUGUUGCAUUGAGUGUGUUACCAAAAGCAAAUGAGGUUGCUUAUGAAGUCCCGUCGGUUGUAGAGGACUUUAUAGAACCAAAACUUGGUGAUUGCUCUCUGAACAUGCCUUGCAAAUUGUCUUUGGUGCAAGAUGUUCAAGUUUGUGUUGUUGUGGUGCCUGAACAAGUUCUGGAGUUGCCAAAAGAAGGGAAAGAUGAUUUGGGACAGCUUGUUGACCCUUUCGGUUUUGUCUUCAAGCAAGCAAGUUUUAAUCAUAGUGUUGAGACCUUUCAACAUGCUAAGGUGGAUAGUUCUUGGUGCAACUUAAGAGUGUGUAUUGUGAGGUACUACGAAGAUAUCUUGAUUCACAAGAGGCAUGGUAAAUUGGUGAUUUCAUUGCACAAAAGCAUGGAUGCAGUGGAUGUACACAAACGGAAGCUCAUAUUGAAGAUGGGUUAUUGCUUAAGGGUGACGUGGAUCAAGGAAAUGCAGCCACAUGCCAUACUUUGGAGCUGCAUAAUAAAUAGUUCUAUAGUUCUAUGUUUCCUGAUAAGUUGUCUUGGGGUGUAUGAUGCAGUAGCUUUGAGGGUACUCAUGUCAUUUUAGUGUCUUUAGGGUUAGUAGAGUCCUGAGUCUAUAAAUAGGUGAGUUGUCUCUCAUUUUGGGACUUUUUAUUAUUAAGAAUACUGAAUAUAUU